AAUAUCAAAUCACGCGGACACCCCAUGGUAGUCCAACAUGAAGUCGAAAAGAGGCGUAUAAAAGGAAUGAAGACGUCAUGUAAAGCAGUAUAGUAUGUCGUACAACCUGUUUGGUCACGUGGUGGAUUCCUGUCCUCUCAAUCAGACAGAGUUUACUGCAGCCGCGACCAGACUGAACUGUACCGUGGAUACGAAUGGACGGAAUCAGUAUACAUGUGUUCCUAAGUUUGAUUUGACGGCGAUAAUAGAAUUCUGCUAUAAUUAUACUGUAGCAUUAUACACAAAAGGCACUUGUCUAGGGGAAAUAAAGAAUGGACGCCUGGACACAAUCAACUGUAGUCAGUUCACGGAGGGUUGUCCAAGUGACAAUUACCAAGGAAAUGAACUGUAUAGAUUUCCGCCUUGCUUCAAAAUCAAUACAGAACAGCGAUGUUUCUAUGCAGACCCCUCUUGUCCGAACGAAACGAGGACCUUUACUACUGAGGAUGGAACGAUUCCCACAACAACAUUGAUGACCGUCUUCAAUACAACUACAAAUAUAACGAGUACACUUAACACGCCUGUAGAACAAGGAACUGCCGACGUAGUGACGAUCAUUGGAAGUGUCGUGGCAGUCAUAUUAUUUGUAAUUUGCAUUUUAUCAGCAGUCAAAUACUGGAUACGAUGGAGAGAAAAGAAGAAAUACUCACGCGUAUUUCGUGAGGAUCCAGAGCUGGUUGAAUUGAACAAAGAUCCAGAGCGGGCUGAAAUUGAGUUAGAUCGGAUAAAGCGUCGUCUUGGAGAGUACAGCACAUGGAGAACACCUAUUUCAGAUAAUUUCUCCUCACUAUCUGAUGACGAGGUGUGCGUGUUAUUCUGUUUUCUGUGCUCUGACAUUACUGAUACAGACUGGCUGGAUAUUCAUAAUAAGAUACGAGUAAUGGUGCACGGUAAGGCCAGUGUAACUAGCGAGGAGGCACAGCGGACUCUGGACGAACUGAAGUCACGUGGAUUUCUUUGGGAUCAGGACGGAGUAAACAUCGCUGAUGACACCAAGGACGAAACCAUGUACCGUGUUACAGAACGUGCUUCACUUUCCUUCGUGUAUUAUUUAUCUAGUUUUACUACAGCAGUGAGGUAUCUGAGAUCGGAAAGAUACACCAGGAAGUCUGGAGAAAAAUGUGUCAUUAGUGACGACUCGCUCUGUGAUUCCUUACUCAUACGCCGUCUACAGAUGGACAUACUGACCCGCGUCACCAUGGAGGACACGCGUAUCUGUGAUGAAGUGUCACGUUACUUGAACAUCCUUCUAGAUAAAGUACGCAUGCGUGAGGGUGAACGAGGAGCGUUUUUAGAGGAAUUGCAGCAGACUGGGGAGUGUGUACAAUACAGAGGCGGAUUACAGGGCAGUGUACAACACGUCAAGUGGCUCUGGAAAUACAGAUUUAACGCGAGACCUGACAUCGUGAGAUCCUGUAUAGGUCUCCACCCACACUGGGAUAUUUACAUAAUUGACAACACGGCUUACAGAAAACACAGUCAGUACCACGACCUUCCUCCAGCUGAACGUUGUCUCCUGUACUGUCUUCUGAUGGUGGACGACUACACCGUCAAGGUCAAGGACGAAUCUAACAUCAAGGUGUACAAUGCAAUCAGAGAACGAUAUUUUACACAAUUACCUGUUUGUGAGGAAAUGACCGCCGCCAACAAUCACGGGGAAAUCAUUCACGUAGAAAAGGACAUGAUCAAGUUUAAAUCAGACGACAUCCGACAUGACGUCAUGUACGCGUUCGUUACGGAAUGUCUGGUGGAGGACAGUGAUCUGAGGUUUUUCCUGACUAAGGCGUCAUGUAACGUGAAAUCAGAUUACUGUCGGUCUUGGGGUUAUAAGAGGAAUGAGGGAGAGAGAUGCCUGUAUAUACCGGAUAAACCGGAGGAGAUGUAUGACCUGUUCAUAGACGGACUACAGUUGGAAAUCCUCACACACAGUGCUAUGUCAGACGGGGAAAUUCAUGGCAGGGUCACUAAACGUUUGAACAUCCCUGUUAUGAGUGAUGUAGAAAGAAGAAAGUUUUUAAAGGACUUACAACAGACUGGGGAGUGUGCAAAAUAUAGAGGUGGGUCACAGGACAGUGCACAACACGUCGACUGGCUUUGGAGAAACGGCCGUAAAACGAGACCUGACAUCGUGAGAUCCUGCAUAGGUCUCCACACAUACUAUGAUAUUUACAUCAUCAACAACACGACUUACAGAAAACACAGUCAGUACCACGACCGUCCUCCAGCUGAACGUUGUCUCCUGUACUGUCUUCUGAUGGUGGACGAGUACACCGUCAAGGUCAAGGACGAAUCUCACAUCAAGAUGUACAAUGCGAUCAGAGAACGAUACUUUACAGAAGUACCUGUUUGUGAGGAAAUUACCCCAACUAACAAUUUCGAAGGGAUAGUUCAUAUAGAAAACGACGUAAUCAAGUUUAAAACAGACGACACCCGACAUGACGUAAUGAACGCGUUUGUUACGGAGUGUCUGGUGGAGGACAGUGAUCUGAAGUUUUUCCUGACCAAGGCGUCAUGUCACGUGAUAUCAGAAUACUGCCGGUCGUGGUAUUAUAAUAGGAGAAAGGGAGAACGAUGUCUGUAUAUACCAGAGGAACCGAAUGCGAUGUACGAGCUGUUCAUAGACAGACUACAGCUGGACAUCCUCACACACUGUACCGUGUCAGACAGGGGGAUUCAUGACAGGAUCAGUAAGCAUUUGCGCAUUCCCCGAGAAGUGAUAUCAUGGAGUGACGAGGCAAGACGGAGAUUCGUAGACAAUUUUCGUAAAGGCAGCAUUGAAAUGUUCCGUGCUAGAGGUAUGAUUGUUGGCUGUGCCGGGGCAGGCAAGACGACCAUUCUCAGACGACUUCAACGGAAACAGACAACAAACAUGAAUACUAACACUGAAACUACAAUUGGCCUGGAAGUCCAUGAUGACAUGUUUGAAAUAAUUUCGGACAACUUAGAAGGCGAGUUUACUCUUUGUACUGAUAAUCUAUGCACAUUACUUGAUUGUCCAUUAGAUUUAUAA